AAGGGUCCUCGGCAAGAACCAAUCAAUAUCUGCCUUAUAUGAGGUACCUUUGAUCGGUGAUUCAUCAACAAAAACAUGGCUGAAAAGGAGAUGAACGAUGAAAAGCCAGAAGUAAAUGAACAGGGAGAUAAAGAGGAUGGCAGCGAUGAUCUUGAUUUCGAGGAUGCAAGGGAAGGAAAUGAUGAUGUUGAUGAAAAUGCUGAUAAUGAAGUUGAUGACGAUGAACAACUUAUGGUGAUAGAAACACCAGAGGGACUGACACUUGUAGAGCCUGCAGAAAACUCAUCUUUUUAUAUUGUGCAAGAACAUGAAGGACAGGAAACUCCACCAGGUACUAUUAAGUGGGUUAUGCAGUUUAAGCUUUUUUAGAAUCUCAUGGUUCAACAUUCUACUGCUUCACUUCUGUAUCCAUAGC